AUGCUUUCAUUAUAUUAUGAUGAUGAUGAACCUGUAGUUAAGAAUUCUAAUAAUAAUGUUAAUGUUAAUAAGAAUACAACAACUACAACUACAUCCUCAACUACAGCAGUUAAAACAAAUAAUAAUAAUGUAAAUAGACAAAGUCCAAUAAAGAAUAAUAAUAAUAAAAAGUCAAUAGUUUCAAGUGUUGCAUUAUCUCUUGAGUAUAAAGAUGAUGAUGAUGAAGAAGAGAAAGAAGAAGAAGAAGAAGAAGAAGAAGAAAAUGAUAUAAAUAAUAAUAGUAGAGAUCAACUUUUAUUAAAUGAAUACCAACAACAACAACAACAACAACAACAACAAGAUAAUCAUAAUAGUAAUAAUAAUAAUAAUUUAAUGGAUGAAGAAGAAUUGAUACCAGUAGACUAUGAAUAUCAAAAGACAGUUCCAUUUCAUAUAUUCUGUGAAUUGUUAGACCGUUUAACUCAAGUUACAAAACAUACAGAUAAGAAAUCUCUUUUAACAACAUUCUUUAAUAAUUAUAAAGAUAAAGAUAAUCUUUUCCCAAUCAUUCGUUUAUUUUUACCACAAUUAGAUAAAGAUCGUCAAGUCUAUGGAUUAAAAGAGAAAACACUUGCUAAAUUCUAUGUAGAGAUGCUUGGAAUCGCACCGAAUAGUAUUGAUGCCAUUCGUUUAAUAAAUUGGAAGAGAUCAACUACCAAUGAAAUUGGAGGUGACUUUGGUAAUGCUGUGUUUCUGUCUUUGAAGAAUCGAUGUCUUGAGAAAGGUCGUAUAUCCAUUGCCGAUAUCAAUAUCACUUUGGAUCAAUUGAUCGUUACCGAUGACAAACGUGAGAAGCAGCGCUUGUUAAAACGAUUGCUGAGACACACCACCGCUACCGAGCAGAAGUGGUUCGUUCGUAUCGUUCUCAAAGAGAUGAAGACCGGUUUGUCAGAGAAGAUGAUAUUGAACUUCUUGCAUCCCGACGCUAUGAAUCUGUUCAAUCAUACCUCUAGCCUGCGACGUGUCUGUCAAGACAUCAAAGGAAGUGGACGCCCGCUCGACUACGAUGGAAAGACCAUCUUGAUAGGCCAACCGAUCAAACCGAUGUUGGCAGAUCGCAAACCGCUAGAGACCGUUCUGAAUGCCAUCGAAGAGGAAUCGUUCAUUGUUGAAACCAAAUACGAUGGUGAGCGUAUACAAAUACACAAACAAAACGAUAAGAUUAAACUAUACUCUAGAAACAGUAAUGAUUGUACACAUAUCUAUUCAAAGCUACUUAAUCCCAUUAUAAAAGAGUGUGUUACAGUUGAAAAUUGUAUAAUAGAUGGAGAAUUGUUGGUUUGGGAUACGAUUGUUCAGAGAUAUGAGGAAUUCGGUAAGCUAAAGACGUUGGCACUUAAUCAGACGGUGGAUAAUGUUGGUAAACAACUUUGUUUUAUUGCUUUUGAUGUUCUUUAUGUUGGUGACAAGAGUGUUGUUGAAUUACCUUUGUCUCAGAGAUAUGCUAUAUUGAAGCGAUGUAUCAGUGCGAAAUCACACCAGUUUGAGGUGUCGGAACAUCGUGUCUGUUCGUCAAAGCAAGAGAUCGUUCAGCUACUGGAUGCUGCGAUAUUGGCACGUGAAGAGGGUAUCAUGGUGAAGCGACUAGACUCUGUAUACACACCGGGCGAGCGUCGUGACAAAUGGAUCAAACUCAAACCAGAGUAUCUCGAUGGCGUUGGUGAUGAUUUGGAUUUGGUGAUCGUUGGUGGCUACUAUGGUAGUGGAGUUGGUCGUCGUGGUGGAACAAUCUCGCAUUUCAUUUUGGGUGUUCCAGAGUUGUUAGAACAACAAGAAGGCGAAGAACAACAACAAAAGCAAUUGGUUACUUUUAAAUCGUUUUGUAAGGUUGGAAGUGGCUAUACAGAUUCCGAGUUGAGGACACUGCAGGAACGAUUGACUCCACACUGGCAGAAACGUCCGCUUGGCAAUGUGCAGUUUGGAACGGAGCGACCCGAUGUCUAUAUUGAUCCGACUGCAUCUUUUGUACUGCAGAUCAAAGCUGCUCAGAUUGUUAUCACUGAGAAGUACAAGGUUGGAUUCACUCUGAGAUUCCCGCGAGUUGUGAAGAUACGUGAUGACAAGCAGUGGAGUGAAUGUCUCGAUGAAGCCGGUGUAAUUAGUUUGGCCAAUGAAUAUGAGGGUCGCUAUGCAAAGCGAAAGAUUGAGAUUCAAGAUGGCAAGUCUACGAAGAAGCGGAGAACCAGUACCACUAAGAAGCCAAAGAAAAAGAUUGGAGUACUCCAGUGUUUUGAAGACACCGAUACCACUGGGGUGGUCAAGCAAUCUGGGCUGUUUGAGGGCUUGGAGUUCUGCGUGGUAAAAGGUGAUCGGCAGCAUAGCAAAGCGAUGUUGGAGAUCGUCAUUGUGGAGAAUGGUGGCACCAAAGUUCAGUAUCCAUCGAAAAAGACAAACUAUGUAGUUUCCUCUAUGAAAGAGGUACUAAAGAUUCAGAAUCUAAUUAGCUCUGGAUCGUUUGACAUUGUUCACUUUCAGUGGUUGUUGGAUUGUAUCGAAGGAAAGCGACGUAUUCCACUGGGUCCUAAAUACAUGAUCUUCACAACAGAGGCAACUCGCGAUAUUUUCUCAAAGGAAAUAGAUCCCUAUGGUGAUUCUUUCACUGAGGACACUGACGUUCAAACACUGAAAGAUGCAUUCAAACAAAUCGAACGUCAAAGUCAACAACAAAACAAACAACUAAAUAAUAAUAUGAUUUAUCAAGCAAAACAACAACAACAACUACAAUUAACAUUACCAACUGACAAAAAGAAUGAAUUAUUUGAAUAUAUCGAAUCAAAUUACUUGAUUAAAGAAUGGUGGUCAUUGUUUAGAGGUUUAAGAUUCUAUUUAGACAGAUAUCAGGUGGUUGGAGAGAAGAGUACAAUAAUGGAAAGCAAUACAUUUGAAUUGGUAAAGAACCAAAUUAUUUUCUAUGGUGGAAUCAUAACCUCUGAUAUUGAUGAUAACGUACAAUAUGUUGUGAUUGAUCCAAACAAUAACUCUAGACUACCGUUUCUUAAAAAUAGAAUACACAGAUUGGAUAAUAAUUCAACAACAACUGAAAUUGUUACAGUUGAUUGGGUUGAUGAACAACUUCGAUUGAAUUCACCUCUUUUACAUAAGAACACCACACAAUAA